AUGUCUUGUAAUCAAGAUGAUGAAUGGGAAUAUGUACCUGUUGAAACAGCUGAUGAAAUUAUGUUGUGUGGAGAUGUGGUUGAAAGUAAAAGUCUAAGAAAUUGGAAUAGAUGGCUUAAAAUAAGAAAACAACAGCAUAAAUACCUUGGUUUAAUGGUAUGUCGUAGUUCUGCAUCGUUGUUAAUGAAUAAGUCUGAUAAAUUCAGAUCAAAAGUUGAAUGUAAAUGGCUGGUUGAUGCAGCACUCAAGUUAAAAGCCAAUAAUGAAUAUUGUGCUGAUUUUCCUUAUUCUAUCGCUAAAGAAAUAAAUAAUUUUACAAGUAUAUAUAUACCAUAUGUAAUACGUACUGAAAAAGGAUUAUCGGGCAUAAAGAAAGAUGCUCGCUUUGAUUUGCAAACACCUAAUAAAGUGUUGCUUUAUAAUGAAUUAAAUACUUUAAAAAGUUUAAUACCUUUUAAAAGUUCUGAGAAAUUAGCUAUUAUUGGGGAAAAUAUUCUUAAAAAAGCUAUGAAGCACAAAUUUGAUUAUAAAGGUACUAUUCCAUCAGUUUAUGUUGAGUCUACUCUUAAAAAAAACAAGUGUAAUAUUGCACUUGUUUAUGUUAGAGUAAAUGAUUAUAUAAUACAAUCAAUUAAUGACAGCACUAUUUGCACAACAACUGAAUUAAAAACAAAUCCAAAAAUAGUUAAUAUUGUAAAAAUAAAUGAAGAUUCUUGGGAUGAGAUAAUAAUAGAAAACUGUGGUCAAAUAAGUGUCAACUAUAAAUGGAUAGAAGAAGAAUAUACCGCUACAAAAUAUGAUUGUUUUUUAAAACAAAAACAAAAAAAGUGUUUUUUUUUUGACACCAGGACCUAUACCUUGGGUCCCGGUCAAAUUAAACAUUUAACUGUUUUAUUCAGACCUACACGAACUGGACCUCACAGAGAAAUGUGGUUUUUGCAAAUAAAUAUUUUGAGGAAAUUAGAUCAUAUAGCUAGGAUCAGUGUACCUUUACAAGGAUGUGCUAUUUCCAAUGUUAACAACAUAUCAUCGAUAGUACAAUUGCAAAAUACUAUAUUAUCUGAAAAAUGCAAUGGAUUACUUAACAAAUCAACAAGUAAAGAUCAUCAAAAUGUAAUUUUAGAAGAAAAGUUGUCUUUUAUUGAAAAAUAUCAUUACCACGACGAAAAGAUGACAUAUCUUUAUCAUACAUUACAAACAGAGAAUUCUAAAAGUAUUGAAGAACUUUUAUACCAAUGUAUGCGACUAAAAGAAUCACUUAAAGAAAAAUGCUUAAAUUUAAUUAGUCAAACAGCUGUCACAUUGUUAAAAAAAGAAAUUGUUUUUGAACACAGUCAAAUGAAUCAUCACGAAUUAAACGCACAUAAAAUCAUGUAUAUAACAAUGGAUUGUAUUGAUUUGAUAAUAAGUACUUACGAAUUUGAUCAUGAUGAAGUCUGUCAAGAAAUGUAUAAAAUUCCUGCUGAAAAUCAACCAAAAUCAGUAAUAAACGAUUCAGAUAAUGAUGAAAUAUCUGCAGUUGAUAUCACUACGAAGCAAAAAUUUGAAUAUGCUAAAAUAAAUGAAGAAUGGUUUGAAAUGAUCAAACCCAUGAUCAAGAAACGGUUAGAAUGGGCUAUAGAAAGAAUAUUAGACUAUGAUAUUUUGUGGAGAGAAUGUAAACAUGAAAAUUCUAAUGAGACUAUUAAGAAUGAACAUAAAACAGGAACACUAGGGAUAGAAUCUUAUGAACAUAAAGAAUGUAGUCUUUCACUUGUGAGACAAUUUUUUAUAAAUAAAUACUUAUGA